GAAGGGAGGAGACGGACAGAGGAACCGGAAGCAACAAAGUGCAGGAGAGUCCAGACUCUAGAUUGCCACCUCCAUGCUAGGUCUCUGUGGCCUCCGCGGGUCACUACUGCGGCCAGGGCUGUGGGGCGUGUGCGCCAGGGCUGUGCGGCUAGAUACCCCAUGGGCUCUCUUGCCCCAAGGACGCAGGAUGCUUCAGGAUGGAGCAGCAAACAGGGGGCUCAACCAGAGCUUCGAUAACCCAACUGGCGGAGACCCCAAGAAACCUGUGAACCCUGAAGGCCACAAACCAAACAAAACCCAACAGCUUAAGAAGGUGUUUAAGGAGUACGGAGCGGUCGCCGUGUCUUUCCAUGUCGCCAUUUCAUUAACGUCUCUCGGGAUUUUCUACCUGAUCGUCUCCAGUGGGCUGGAUGUCACAGCGCUACUCCUUAAAGUGGGAUUCAGUGAAGCAGUGGUGCAGUCCAAGGUGGCCGCCGGGACGAGCACCUUCGUGCUGGCGUACGCGGUCCAUAAACUCUUCGCUCCGCUGCGGAUAAGCAUUACAGUCAUCUCCGUUCCUUUCAUCGUCAGCUAUCUCAGGAGGAUUGGGCUCUUCAGACCCCCCCGGCCGAGCAGCUGAGACUGAACAGUUUUUUUGUAUUUAUGUUGAGAAUUUGUAAUAAAUUUAUAGGAGUAUAUAGACUGGGGGCGCUCGUUAACGUCGGCCCCUAGAGGCUGCGCCCAGUUUGUAAUCUAAUAAAUGAUUAAGAUC